GACCGGAAGUGGAGUCCCAGAAAGGUCGCCCGUAAUGGGGAGAAAGGUAAACCGGAUCCAUCUUGCCUCUGAACCUGGUAUAGUUCACUUUCUGCAAGUGACUUGGGAGGAGACAGUGGGAUCUGGAUUUGUUGUCGUGCUCACGGAUGGUCAGUCGGCAUGGACUGGGACAGUUUCUGAAACAGAAAUUGCCCAGGAAGCUGAGGACAUGGCCAUGGAAAAGGAGAAAUAUGUUGAAGAAUUGAAAAAAGCGCUGGUGUCUGGAGGAGAACCAGAGGAUACCUACAAAUUUACCUUUUCUAAAGAGUCUUGUCAUUUCUCCUUUGAGAAAAAUCUGAAAGAUGUUUCAUUCAGACUUGGUUCCUUCAACCUGGAGAAAGUUGCAAGCCCCUCUGAGGUCAUUAGAGAACUUAUUUGUUUCUGCCUGGACUCAAUUGCUGAAAACCAAGCCAAAAAUGAGCACUUGCAGAAAGAGAAUGAAAGGCUUCUAAGAGAUUGGAAUGAUGUUCAAGAACGAUUUGAAAAAUGUGUGAGUGUUAAGGAAGCUUUGGAGACUGAUCUGUAUAAACGGUUUGUACUGGUACUGAAUGAGAAGAAAGCCAAGAUCAGAAGUCUACAUAAAUUGUUAAGUGAAGUUCAAGAAUUAGAGAAGAACUCUGAACGUGUAAGUGAGACCGCAGCUUGUUCUGAGGCGAUUGCUGAUGGAGAUGCAGUCUAUGAUGCAAGCACCGAUGAGGAGUGUGAGGACCUGGCCGGUCCCUCUGUGGCUGCAGUAAGUAAAGAUGAUUCUAUUAUUUCAAGUCCUGAUGUCACAGAUAUUGCCCCAAGUAGAAAGCGAAGACAACGAAUGCAGAGCAAUCUUGGCACAGAGCCGAGGCUGGUUCCUCAGGAUGAGCAUCUUCAAGAGAAGGAAAAGCCUGAUCCUUCGCCCCCCAAGACACUGAAAAAGGAGCACACCUCAGCCGAAAACAUGUCUCUAGAGACGCUAAGAAACAGCAGCACAGAAAACCUCUUUGAUGAGAUUUAACCACCUUGCAAAAGCACUUUGAUGUUCACUGGAUUAUGUUUUCUAUUCAUUUCUUUAAAAUGAAACAGCAAAAUUUCGACUCAGCAGUAGCUAUUACCACAACCUUACUGCUUAAUUACAUACACACUGGGUUGAAACCAUUGUGCAAAAUGGAUUACACAUGGAUAUGAAGAUGUAAUUUGAUGACAAUGGUACAUUAUUCUAAUCUGUUCAUUCAGCAUGCCUAUAAUGACACAGAGUCCCAAAGUUUUUGUUUCAAAGGACACCUUUAUCAGGCUCAUUCACACGCAUUGCAUUGCAUGCAGGCUCACUUCCUGUCCGAAGAUUUUGAAAAGAAGCAAAGUGUUUUAAAAUUUCUGUAGU